AUCGACUUUGCAACCAUGGAUUAUGAUCUGGUCCGUUCCAAGAAGAGUAUCAAACGAGCAGAAUCCACCAAAUCACAUCUAUGGUGGUGGGAUAGCCAUGUAGGCCUCAAAAACUCCAAGUGGCUCGAGAAUAAUCUCGAUGAGAUGGACAAGAGCGUGAAACGGAUGGCGAAGUUGAUAGAAGAAGAUGCAGAUUCGUUUGCCAAGAAGGCAGAGAUGUAUUACCAAAAGAGGCCUGAGCUUCUCACCCUCGUCGAUGAGUUUCACCGCAUGUACCGUUCUCUAGCCGAGCGUUACGAGAACAUCACCGGAGAGUUGAGGAAAACCUCUCCGUUAGAGCUUCUUCAGUCACAAGGCUCAGGCUUCUCUGACGUCUCCUCCUCUGACCUCACCACUGAGAUUAAUAGACUAGGACGUCCUCCUUCUCGCCGUGCUCCUGGUUUUGACUACUUCCUUGGCUCUGGAGGACUUCCCUCUGAUGAUUCUGCUUCUGUUACAGACUCUGAACUUGAAUCUGAUGAUUCUUCUGUGAUUAAUUGUCCUACUGGUUAUGUGAGUGUUGGCUCUGACUUUCAGUCUUUGAGCAAAAAGGUCGCUGAUCUUGAGACUGAGCUCCGUGAAGCUAAAGAGAGACUCAGGAUGAGAGAUGCUUGUGAGGACCAAAUCUUUAUGUUAAAGAGUCACCUCGCUAGAUACUUGCCAUCAGAGUUGGAUGAUGAAGAGGCAGCAGCAGCAGCUUCAACACAAGACAUGGACGUUGAGACUUUGUCUGAAGAGCUGAGAGUUACAAGCCUGAGGCUUAGGGAGGCAGAGAAAGAAAACAGCAACAUGAGAAGAGAAGUUGAGAAGCUCAAGAGCCUGCAAAGCCUGCUUGACUCGGCGCAGAAAGAAACUGCAGCGUGGAAAAGCAAGUCUAGUGCAGAUAGAAGAGAGGUGGUGAAGGUGCUUGAUAGAGUCUCCAUGUUGAAAUCUAGUUUAGCAGGUAGAGAUCAUGAGAUCAGGGAUCUAAAGACAGCUUUAUCCGACGCAGAAGAGAAGAUUUUCCCGGAGAAGGCGCAGGUCAAAGCCGAGAUAUCAAAGCUCUUGGAGGAGAAAACACACCGCGAUGAGCAGUUCAAGGAGCUGGAAGCUCUUGUGCGUUAUCUUGAAGAGGAGAUAAGAAGGGUGACCAAUGAGAAAACAGAAGAGGAGGAAAGGAUGAAGGGAGAAAUCGAGAUACUGACAAUGGAGAAGACAGAGAAAGAGAGAUGCAUAGAGACAUUAACCAAAAGAGUGAGUGAGAUAGAGUCAGAGAUGAGUCGGCUUGGAGAUGAAGUGAAACAAAAAGACAGUAGGAGAAUAGAGAUGGAGAAGGAGCUAGAGGAAGUAGCAGAAGAGAAGAGGGAAGUGAUAAGACAACUCUGCUUCUCACUGGACUACUCUAAAGAUGAGUGCAAGAGACUACGUGAUGCCUUUCCAGGGAACCAACCAAUAAGACCAUCCUCCAUUCUCGCUUCUUGAUUCUGAUGUAUAGCAUAUAUAUGUAUACUCUUUGUAACUUUGUUUUGUGUUAUCUUAGCUGUUUUGGUUUGUUUUGGCACAAAAAGGAUUUUGUUUUUGACAUCAAAUAUGCAUUCUCUA